UAUUGGUAAAGGUUGUGUUUUUUAACCACCAGAAAAGUAGCCGGGUCAUAAUCGUACAAAUUGUGCAUUUCGUUAACUACAUUUAAACGGUUAAAAUAGUUUUUUAUAAAACAAAAAAGAAAAUAAUAUAUUUCUUCUUACAACAACAUUAUUAAGGUUUUUUAUUCUUUUUCAAAUGUUUGACCCAAAUUGUUGAAAUAUUGCAGUUCUUUUUUUUCUGUGGGCAAACUAAAAUGUCUUGCAUCUUUCUUAUGGCUGUUUAAAUGUUUAAUAAUGUGGUUACGUGCCGGUAACAUUCUUCAACAAAGUUUACAAAUGCAACUUGAAGAGUCCAAGCAUAAAUAUCGUGUGGAAAGUUAAAUAAAUUGUUAGUUUAUGUUUUAAAUGUGCGCGUUUUUAAUGUGAUAUAAAUAAAAAUAUUAAAAUUAAAAUAACAUAAUAUUUAAAAGUGGAACAUAUUUGAAAAAAUUAAUACCUGCUAAUCGGAAAACCUAACAAAAGAUAGUUUUAAAUUUUGCUAACAGAAAAAAGUGUAUAAAUUCUAUUCUAAAAACAGAAGUAAAAUGCAAGCUGUAUAUAGUACAACACAACUAAUAUGGAUCAUACUAAUGGCAAUAAUUACAAAAGAAUCUUUAGCGUUGCGUGAUGUUCGCGUAAAAGUGCCACAUGCAGUGCGUCGUGGACAGAAAAUCACAUUAAAAUGUCACUAUGACAUUGAAGAUGACACACUUUAUUCGGUUAAAUGGUACAAAGGACGAAGGGAAUUCUAUAGAAUUACACCCAAUGAGCAGCCGGCCAUAAAAGUAUUUCAAAUGCCAGGUGUUCGAGUUGAUCGUCGUGCUUCCAAUGAAACACAAUUGGUUUUGGAUUCAGCAUCUAUGGCGACUGCGGGUAAAUAUUCGUGUGAGGUAUCAGCCGAUGCACCAUCCUUUCAUACCUUAAUUGCUGCUGCCGAAUUAGAAGUCGUAGAACUGCCACACAAUCCACCGCUUAUCAUUGGCAUACGACCACGCUACCACAUUGGUGAUAUAUUACGCGGCAAUUGUACAUCGCGACACUCAAAACCAGCAGCAAAUCUCACAUGGACAGUGAAUAAUGAAGAGAUACAAUCAUCUCAUGUACGUCAUUACAAAACCCACAAGGAUGCACGCAAUGAAAUGCAAACUUCAACAAUAGGUAUACAUUUUGUAAUUAAUGAUUAUCAUUUUGAAGAUGGCAAACUAAAGAUACGUUGCACCGCACAAAUUGGCGAUAUUUACUACAAGUCAUCGGAGAAAACAAUACUUGAUAUUGAUUACCAUCACACAUAUGAAAGUACAAAUACUGUAAAUAUGAUACCCACAGAUCGGGAUUAUGAUCAAUAUGCAUUGCAGGACAGCGAAAUGUUGAGAAAGAAAAAUAAUUACUUAACACAAAUACAAGAUUUCUUUUACAAUUUUAUACCCUCAAAUGAUGCUGAAAUAUCCGCCUGGGCUUCGGCUGCCAAUUCAACGCCAUCGCUUAAAUUGAUUAGCUGUUCCUUGAAUUUAUUAAUAACAUCCCUCUUUUAUUUGUGUUGGCAUUUAAAAAAUUGUUUUCUUAACUUAUCAUGAAAAUCUUAUUGAUUUCAAAUCAAUACAUGUUUGUUAAAAAUUUAAUUUUUCAAAAGAAACCUCAAAGUGAUGUCUUGCAUACUAAAUUUAACAGAAAAAAAAACAAACAAACAAAAAAUGUGAAAAAGAGCAUCAACAGCCAUUAUACAAGAAACCAAAAAAAUAUAUAAACCUGAUUUAUUUAUAAGAUUUUCAGUUGAACAUAGAGUGCCACUUUCUAAAAAGAAGUAUAUUUUUUUGUAAUAUUAUUUAAGAUGAAGAACUCCUAUUGUAUAAUAAAAUUAACGUGUUAAAAUGUAUAGAGGGUUUACCAAAGAAUUAAAUAUAAUAAAAAUUAUAUUAAAAAAACAAAA